AUAUGGGUAUUUAAUGCUUCCAAAUUAGAAGAAAAACGACAUUUUAUUAGUGCAUUAUGUCGUACAUUGGCAACUUUAUUACCACAUAUUAUUAAUGAUAUAGAAUUAGUGAAUUUUCCGCAAGAUUUAAAUAUUUCACCACUUAAUCAAAAUGAAUCAUUGGAUGUUUUACUUAGUAAGUAA